AUGUUGAGCAUAAUAAAACUAUUUCGUCGAAAAAAGUCAUUACAAUUUCGAGAACAGACUAAUCAACCGGUCAUUGAACUGAUCCAUCGUAAUUUUACUAAUAACUCAGGUAAUACAUUUACUGCAACUGUGCUGAAUAAUCUUCCUGAAAUCAUUCCAAACAAGACAAAACAUCGCGUGACUCUUGUUUGGUUCGAUCCUAACUGUUCUAACGAUGAUACAAUUGUCGACGUACGUGUGUCGAAGCAAACUCUUGCUGCAGCGAUUACUGAUGCUUCAUUUAUUUGUUUCUCAAACAAAGACGAAUGCGUAUCUUUUUUACGAGAACAUCAAGAUACUGCUGAGAUUAUUUUUCUAAUUGUAUCUGGACAGAGUUCAAUUGAUUUACUCGAUGAUGUUGACUUAUCGUUAACAAAACCUGUCGAUUCAAUAUUUAUAUUUUGUUUAAGAAAGGAAAUAUACGAACCAUUACUUCUCUAUAGAAAACAAAUUGUUGGUAUUUAUCAAGAACAUAACGAAUUAAUUGAAGCUAUUCAACAUCAAAUACGUGCAUUGUCACAACGAGAUUUAAUUGUUACAUUUCAGAAAGAAAAUGGAAAGAAUGGUUAUCUCGUUCCCUUAGAAGUACAAGCAAAAUUGAUUUGGAUGCGUCUAUUAAAGGAGACUCUUCUUCUUAUACCACAAACCGAUGCGAGAAUAAAGAUGAUGCACAAUCGAUUUUUCAUAAUGUAUCGAAAUGAUCCUGCUUCACUGCAACAAAUCAAUAACUUUAUAGACAAUUACCAACCAGAAGAUGCAAUUCCAUGGUAUACAAAAGAUUGUUUCUUAUUUCGUCAUAUCAAUUCUGCGAUGCGAACAGAAAAUAUCAACGAAAUUUUUGUAUGUCUACCCUAUAUAGCUGACUUAUGCGAAGCAAUUCAAAUUAUGAAAAAUUCUGUUUUCGAUGCAACAAUCUUUUAUCGUGGAUGUGUCCUGUAUAAUGAGGAAAUUACUGGCUAUCGAGACAAUGUUGGUUCUCUUAUGGGAAUUAACACGUUCUUUUCAGCAUCUCGAGACCGAGAGAUAUCGAAGAUUUUUGCUGGUUGCGGUAGUUUGGAGCAAAAUACAGCAUUGAUCUCUGUCAUUUUUGAAAUUCAUGUUGAUCAAAAUUCAUCGACCGUUUUCACGGAUAUCAGCACACUUAGUAAUCAUCCAGAGGAGAACGAAGUGCUAUUUGAUUGGAAUUCAAUCUUUCGAAUCCGAAGUGUAAUUUAUAAUGAUAACGAUAAGUGUUGGAUUGUCGAUCUGAUUACCGACUAUGAAGUACAACUGGAAAUAGAGGAAAUGUAUCAACAACUUAAUGAUACGAAUACGUCAAAUCAACCAUCGCUUUCAAUCAUUCAGCAUUUGAUUUCUAUGGGUGAAUAUAAACAAGCGUAUGAUUAUUCGACGCUUUUACUAGAAGAGAACCUUUGGGAUCCACUUUUUCUUAGCUACCAUGCACAGGUGUGUUAUUACGAAUGUGAUUACAAUACAGCAGUUAAAUACUUGAAAACAGCAGAAUCAAUGAUCGAUGAUAGUGGUUCUUUUGAAAAUCGAAUCUGUUCAACAACAAUCUUGAGCAUAAUGAGCGAUAUUCUUAAGAGUUUAGGUGAAAACACACUGGCCGAGCAAUAUAAGAACAGUAUCCUCAGUGAUAUAAAAUCCACAUUUUAUUCUAUGAGAUUGACGACGCCAAUCCAAAAAUUUAUCCCGAUGUUCAUGGAGGAAAGCAAUCCAUUGUUAAAUUCAAAAUCACGCGUAGAACUUGUUUCAAAACUUCAAGACAUUUCUAGAUAUAGAUCGCUUCCCGUUAUUCUAACCGAGUAUGCUUACAAUCUACUAUUGGAUGGCAAAUAUGAUGAAUCUUUGAUUGAAUUACAAAAAGCUGAGCUUGAAGCUGUUAAGCUAAUAACAGCUGACAGUCCCUUUCGAUUUCAUUUACACAUGUUGUUUUCGUCGACUUACAUACAUCUUAAUAAUUUGAAUAAAGCUAAAGAACACCUCGAUAUUUCAUAUAAAAUCCUUGCAAAUAAUAAUUCUCGUUCAUCUCCGAGUUUACUGACUAGUUAUCAUAUAUUAUUUGCAUUAGUCUGUCUUCUUAAUGAUCAAGAUCAACAAGUGUUGGAUUUACAAUUAUCACGUGCACGAACUGCUUUUCUAAAAACAAAUGGUUUUAUUAAUAUGUACAUGAUACCACUUGCUCUCUGGAAUAUCUGUCAUCUACAUAAACAACUUGUUAAAAGAUCGAGAAAUCAAAUAAAUCGUGUUCAAUUAGAAAAAUUAAUGGAAGAAUCUUUUAAAUUAUGUGAAUUUGACAAAAUCUUAUAUGGUAAAAGCAAUGAUAAUGUGCAUCGACAUCUAUUCGAUUAUGCACAGCAAAUCAAAUCAACUCGAUUCCAAUCAAUAGAAUGA